AUAAUACACGUCGUGAAUGUGGGUCGAGUGGCGGCCCUACAGCGGACGAGGGCCCGUUUACUUUGAUACACCUUUGCCACGUUUUCUUGUACGUAGUUUGGCUAAAAUAGUCGUAACUUUUCAACUUUAAUUGUGUGUGCCUCGGCUUAGAGGAAAAAACUUAAAGCCCCGCAGAGCGUUGUUACUGCUGACUUGUAGACCAGGUACCGGAUAGACUUAUGUGCAUAUGGAGAUAAGCUGUCAAACCACAAGGUAGCUGCACCAGAUAAACUGGUCUUUGUUAGGGCUUGAGCUCGUCAUAUGUGCUCAGGCGCUUAGAAUGGCAGCGCAAGGUGCUCUCCACUGGAUGCAAGCCUGCGUGGUCCUGCUGCUCUGCUUAUCUGAAGACUUGUCUGCGGCCACGGCGACAAGUAGAAAUUACUACGACACUCUCAAUGUUGAGCCAACAGCAACGGACAGCCAGAUAAAAAAGGCUUUCCGCCAACUGGCCGUCAAGUACCACCCUGAUAAGAACAAGAGCGCCGAUGCAGAGAAGACUUUUCGAGAAAUUGCUGAAGCCUACACGGUGCUCUCCAACAAGGAGAAGAGGAGACUUUAUGACAGUGUGGGCCAUGAGGCUUUUCUAAAAAGCGAGGUGUCUGUGGAUGCCGAGGAUGAGGAGGGGGACGAGACGAGCUUACACUUUAGUUUCUCAGAUUUCCUCCAUGACUUCGAUGAUAGUGUCUUUGCGGAGGAGCCACAUGUCCACUGGAGCUUUCAUCAGGACUGGGAGGACGAUGGUCCAUAUGAACAUAACGGUUUUGGGGAGCCUGGCUUCAGCUUUUAUUUUGGGGAUGGGGAUGAAAACGAGGAAGACUAUUACCACUAGAUAUCUGAUAUCUUUGUCCUGUAGCAUUUGUGACUGUUAUGUUUUAAUGUAUUGUCUUUUUAUUGAUAACAAAGUCUCCACAUUAAAUUGUUCACUCAGGAUCCAUACCUUGUAUUUUGCAUCUUUU